AUGACCACCAGCGCUUUGCCCGUGUGCCAGCCUCCACCACGUGCCAUUCCUGGACCGGAGCGGCAGGAGCAGCUGAUGGGAUACCGCAAGCGGGGGCCCAAGCCAAAGCCGCUGGUCGUGCAGCUUCCCUCCUUCGCCCGCCGCUCAAACAUCCUCACAGGGCUGCAGGACCCUGCCGUGGACAACAGGCCAAAGCUGGAUCUCGGCUCCUCCGGCAAGAGCCAGCAGCACCAGUAUGAACUCAACAGCAAGAAGCAUCACCAGUACCAGCCCAACGGCAAGGAGAGCGGCAUGAAGCACCAGUCCCACAGCAAAGGGAAGUAUUACUACCAGCUGAACAGUAAGAAGCACCACCACUACCAGCCGGACCCCAAGAUGUACGAGCCCCAUUACCAACCCAGCAGCAAGGAGCCGCAGAGCCAGGCCUGCUUGGACAGUAACAAGAGCCCCCUGGUCGCCCACCCGGACAAGUGGGCUCAUGGCCCAGCCAAAAAUCUGCUGGGCCCAGUCAAGAACCUUGCUGCAGAGAGCAAGAAUGGGGCCGAGAAGAACCUGUCCAGUGGUACCGGGCCUCCCCCCAGGGACAGGGUGACCAGCAACGGCCUCGGGGGCAAGAUGAAGAUUGUCAAGAACAAAAACAAGAACGGGCGCAUUGUGAUCGUCAUGAGCAAGUACAUGGAGAACGGUAUGCAGGCAGUGAAGAUCAAGUCCGGGGAGCCACCCCGGAAGCGGGCUGCAGAGGAGAGGACUCCUAAGAAGGGUGGGGAGGAGAAGCUGGAGGCUUGGAGGAAGCCAGGGGAGGAGAGGGUGGUGGGCAGCAACGCCCUGAGCAAAGCAGAGGGCGAGGGCCGGCAGCCCCCUGUGGAGCUCGAGGAAAGUUCCCGAAAGACUCCCCUGGCCAAGGAGCUGUCCCUUCCUCCAGCGGAGCAGCCCCUGCAGCUCACCACCAAGCCGGACCUUGUGCCCUGGUCCCUGAGUCCCGUCUGCGAGCACAGCCCUUCCUCCAUGGGACUGAACCUCUCCAGCCCCAGCUCGCGGAAGCGCUGCAUGUCAGAGCCACACGCAGAGCGGGAGCCGGGCAAGAAGCGCCUGACCUCCCGGAGCAUCAGUGCCCCCACCUGCCUCAGCCCCCCGGCCCCGGAGCGGUCGGAGCCACCCACCCCCACCCAGCCGGAGGUCAUCCUGCUGGAUUCGGACCUGGAUGAGCCCAUAGACUUGCGCUGCGUGAAACCACGGGCGGAGGGCGAGCUGGCCUUGGCGCAGGUGAAGCCGGAGGUGCCUCCAGCUUUUGCUUGA